AUGGAUCAGGAUUUGCCUAAAAUUAUUUCAAAAAAGUUGGUGGUGGUUGGUGAUAGUGGCGUUGGGAAGACUACAAUGUUGCUAGCACACAGCAGAGGAUACUUUGGAGAGAUAUUCAUUCCCACAAUUGCAGAGCUACUAUGGCAUGAUUACGAAGAAAAUGGAGUGGUGAAGAUGGAGAUGGAGCUCAUUGACACUUCCAACAUCCAAGACUACGAUCGGCUACGGCCACUUAUGUACCCCAAUUCGUCCAUAGCUUUGAUUUGCUUUGCCAUCAACUCUCCAAGCUCGCUUGUCAGUGCGGAAACGAAGUGGCGGACCGAGAUUUUGAAGUAUAUUCCAAAGAUACCGGUGUUUCUUAUCGGAUGCAAAAGCGAUUUACGAAAUGACGAGCCCACGAUCCUAGAUCUCCAAUCACGCGACGAGCGUGUUGUUAGCGUCAGCGACGCUCGCCGCGUGGCCGACAGAAUCAAGGCGAUCCACUACUUCGAGUGUCUGGCCGCCACACAGACCGGGCUCAGCAAUAUUUUCGACACCGCCGCAGAAUUGGUUUUCAAUAUGCAAGAGCUGAAGCCAAACUUCUUGCUGUGCAUUAUCAUAUAA